AUGUCAUCAAAGUCGGGCGCCGCCACGCCUUCAUCCGAGAUGGGCACCUCUGACCCCAUCGCCAUCGUGGGAAUGGCCGUGAGGCUUCCCGGUGGCGUGAAGAACACGGAAGACUUCUGGAACCUGAUGAUGAAUAAGCAAAGCGGUCUGAUCCCCAUCCCUAAAGAGAGAUGGAAUAGCGAAGGCUUCUACAGUCCCGUUGCAAAGUGGGGAACGGUUCAGAACAAGGAGGCAUACAUGUUCACCCAAGCCGAUAAUGACCUUACCAAAUUUGACGCCUCUUACUUCACAUGUGGUGAGAAGGAAAUCGAGCGCAUGGACCCCAUGCAAAGGCAAUUGCUGGAGAUUGCGCGAGAAUGUCUUGACAAUGCCGGCGAGGUCAGCUGGCGCGGCCAAGAGAUCGGCUGUUAUGUUGGCAACUUCUCGUCAGAUUGGCAAGAUGACUUGUCAAUGGACCCGCACGCUUCUGGACUAUACCGAGGAUCUGGCUACCUCGACUUCUUACAGCCUAACCGUGUAUCAUAUGAGUACGGCUGGACUGGCCCGAGUAUGCUUGUCAAGACUGGAUGCUCUUCAUCCAUGGUUGCUUUACACCUGGCUGCUGAAGCUGUUCAAAAUGGUACAUGCAAGUCGGCAAUGGCUCUGGGAUGCAACCUCAUCACAUCAGUCAUCACAUCCAUUGUCUUCACAGAAACCGGUGUCUUGUCUCCAAGCGGCAAAUGUAAAACCUUUGAUCUGCUUGCCGAUGGUUACGGCCGCGGUGAAGCUGUCAACGCUGUCUAUGUCAAGAGAUUAAGCGAUGCUCUCAGAGACGGUAACCCAGUCAGAGCCAUUCUUCGAGCAAGCGGCACCAACAACGAUGGUCGGUCUAACGGCAUCAUGAGUCCAAACACUUACUUGCAGGAGGCCUUGAUUCGAAAGACCUACGAGAAGGCUGGUCUUCCGUUCAAUAAGACGGCCUUCUUCGAGUGCCAUGGCACUGGUACUCCGACUGGCGAUCCACUUGAGGUGGCGGCAGUUGCUCGAAUCUGGAAGGAUCAUGAUGGCGUGAUGAUUGGCGCUGUUAAACCUAACGUCGGUCACUCAGAAGGUGCGGCAGGCCUGACAAGUGUCAUUAAGGCAGUCCUCGCAUUAGAAAAUCGAGUUAUUCCGCCGAACAUCUACAUGGAAAACCCCAAUCCAAGGAUUCCAUGGGAUGAGGCCAAGCUUUCGGUCCCGACGGAGCCAACUUUCUGGCCUGCAGACAGAGAUGAGCGCAUCAGUGUCAAUUCCUUUGGUGUGGCUGGCUCCAAUGCUCAUGUCAUUCUUGAGUCUUAUGAUGGUUGGCAAAAGCUGCAAGAUGAUGCUAGCUCUAUCAGCUCAGACUCAGGCGUCAGCGUUCGCUCUCCUGGACAGCGACUCUUGUUGUUCUCCGCUGCGCACUUGACUUCUCUCGAAAAGCAAGUGGACCAACACAAGCAGUACAUUGAGACUAAGAGCGCUGAUCUUGAUGAUCUUGCUUACACUCUGGGUCAUCAUCGCGAUCACCUCAGCUGCAGAGCCUAUGCUAUUGCCAACGAGGAGGGUGUCUUUGACCUGAGCAGCUUCAAGCGCAAGCCAACCACCUCCCGGCGACUCAUUCUGACCUUUACUGGACAGGGUGUGCACUGGGCCGGGAUGGGCAAGUCACUGAUCGAAACCAACGAGGUGUUCCGAGACUCCAUCAAGAAGCUGGACGUAUGGCUCCAGUCGCUUCCCGAAGAACACAGGCCAACCUGGUCCUUGGAGAAGGAGCUGUCUAUCGACGAUGACUCUAGCAGGGUUGGCCAGCGGGGAUACUCUCACCCAUGCGCAACAGCUGUUCAGAUCGCGUUGGUCGAUGUUCUCGCUAGCCUUGGCGUUCGUCCUGAUGCUGUUACUGGCCACUCUGGAGGAGAGGCUGCUGCUGCGUACGCUGCCGGUAGUGUCACCGCCGAAGCCGCCAUGGCUGUUGCCUACUUCCGCGGCUGGCUCUUGGUCAACGGCACUGUCCCGCCUGGUACUAUGGCUGCUGUCAGUCUUGGCCCGAAGGAGGUUGAGCCCUUCUUGAUUCCAGGUGUCGUCAUUGGCUGUGAGAACAGUCAUCUCAACUCCACCUUGUCAGGCGAUCCCGUCUGCAUCCAACACUGCAUUGACCAGAUCAUGCGUCGCCAUCCUGAUGUCAAGGCUAAGGUUUUGAACUUGGAGACAUCUUUCCACUCUCCCUGGAUCGAGCCUUUGGGUGGGCCAUACGAGGAGCUCCUGAAGCCAUACCUUGUCAAUGCUAAGGCUCCGACCGUGCCUCACUUCUCGAGCGUCACUGGUCUUGAGAUGACCGAAGCUGACUUUGGAGCCAACUACUGGCGCCGAAACUUCGUCCAGCCUGUGCUAUUCAAUACGGCGAUGAGAGCGAUCUUGAAGAGCAAUAACAACAAUCUCUUCGUGGAGGUCGGCCCCCAUCCGGCUCUCCAACGUCCCAUCAGUGAGAUCCUUCGGAGCGUGCCUGACUCUUCCUGCGAGUACAUCACUACCCUCCGCCGUGCUGAAGAUACCAACCUAUCCAUGCUCCGUCUGGCUGGUGAGCUCUUCGUACAAGGAGCCCCGGCCGACAUGGCCACCAUCAUCCCCAAGGGCAGAGUUUUGACCGAUCUGCCGACCUACCCUUGGCUACACGAUGUAACCUAUAUGGAUGAACCUCGCAAUCCUUCCCGUUACAAGCAAAGAAAGCAUACCAGACAUGUGCUUCUCGGCGCUAGGGUUCUUGAGGGCAAUGAUAUUGAGCCUGCCUGGCGAAACAUGCUUGAUCUCAAGGAAGUUCCUUGGUUGAUGGACCACAUCGUCAACGGUCAGAUCGUAUUCCCUGGAGCCGGCUACAUGGCCAUGGCUGGAGAGGCCAUGCGUCAGGUAGCCAACGGCUCAGAUGCGUACACCAUUAGGGAUAUGUCAAUCAUCACCGGCAUGACAAUCCCCAAGGAGAAGAAGAUGGAACUAUACACGCGCAUGAUUCCGGAAGACAAGCUUAGUGACGAAGGCCAAUGGUACAACUUCAAAAUCAUGUCCUACGAUGGACACGCAUGGGUCACGCACUGCUCUGGUUACAUCCGCUCAGGAGCUGAGGCAGAGAAGACCUCAAUCGCAAGCGCUCAGGCUGAGCAAGAAUUUGCUCGCGAGAUCGACGCUGAAGGCUGGUACAAAGCUGUCAAGGCCGUUGGCAUUGACUGGCAGACCGCUUUCCAAGGCCUUGAGCAGAUCACCGCGAACACAGUCAAGAGGGAGGCCACAGCGACAGUUUAUGACUUUGAAGACACGACGCACUACGCUGCUCAUCCGACACUUUUGGAUCAAAUGCUUCAGAUUAACCUCGUGGCGCAAACACAUGGCCAGAAGCGGCGUCUAGACAGCAUCCUGCUUCCCACCUUCAUCUCGCGACUGGGUGUCCUCGGGAACCAGGACUUAUGUAUGAGAGCUUACGGCAGUAUCCAGGAAGAUGCUAAAGGCAUGACCGCAAACGCUUCCAUCUACACAGAUGAAGGUCGUCCUACGGUGUAUCUGGAAGGUCUCUCUUACUCUGAGCUACCUGUCGCCAAGCGUGAAGAAGUUCUCCUCGGAAGCACCUUUGAAUGGAGAGACGAUAUCACUAUGCUGGACUCCCUUGCCGAAGUCGGGACUGCCAACUCGGAUCUUGUCAAGGACACUACCGAAGUAAUUUCUCUCCUCGGCUUCAAGUCUCCUGACUCGAAAGUAUUGGAGAUUGGAUCAGGAUCAACCGACAUUACUCGACUUGCUCUAGAUGCUCUGCAGCCUACCCAACAUAAGCGCCUUUACUCUGAGUACACCUAUGUAUGCACCUCUGGGGAACAGGUUGACCAAGUCACCGAGGCAGUUGCAAGUCUGGAUCGCGAAAGCGUCUCGGUCGUUGAUCUCGAGCAGCUUUGCAUGUGCAACACGACUGACAUUAUCCUCUUGUCGAUUUCGACCUUGUUGUCGGAUGAUCGCCACCUACUUGAUGAUUUGACGGAAUUGAAGUCACUUCAGACUGCUGGAAGCCGACUGAUCGUUCACGAUGACGGUAUUGCAACCGGUGGUGCUUCUGAUUGUGAAAAGAUUAGCCAGAGACUGAAAUGCCUUGGCUUCGUCUUUCAUUCACAGACACCGACUGGCUUGAUACUCGCUGAGCCAAUGAAGGUUACCGAGAUGGACAAGAGCACAAUUAUCACCAUUCUAGCACACAAUUCGAAGGAAGGACUUGAGCUUGCUAGUGGCGUCAGGUCUCAAUGUGAGUCUAAGGGGUUCACUACACGAGUAUCCCACCAGAACACAGUUCCUUCUGAUGGGUCUGUGGUCAUCUCACUUCUGGACCUUACUGGAAACACAAUCUACGACCUUAGCUCUGAGACUUUCCGGCCGUUCAUCGACAGCCUAUGCAACUUGAGUGAUUCACUCAUUUGGGUCAUCCCCGCCGUUCAUGGCGCUUGCAAGGAUGCCAAGCCAGCCAUGAUUCAGGGUACUGCUAGAACCGUUCGGAUGGAGAACAAGGCAGACAUUACUCUUGUCGAUGUCGAUGACAUCUCAAUAUCUAGCAACGGUAUGUCCAAAGCUCUAUUGAAUAUUGUACAGAGUCUUCCAAACCGUCGCAAAGGCGGAGAGUUGGACGCGGACUUCGAUUACGCCAUCGUGGAUGGCAAGGUUCAAAUACCUCGCAUGUCCUGGUUCGGCUUCUCUGAGCCCGAAGUCAGUCAGGCUAUUCCAUCAACUAAGGAAGCUUCCAUGUUCCGAAACGAUGCCUCAUACCUUCUCAUUGGCGGUUUCGGCGGCCUUGGUCGAUCUGUGGCCACUUGGUUGCUCGAGCAUGGAGCCCGUAACCUUGUGUUCCUGUCGAGAUCCGCUGGAAGUGCCGAUAAUGAGCCUUUCGUGAAGGAGCUCGAAAGCUAUCCUGGAUCCGUCAUCAAGACGAUCUCCGGAGACGUUAGCAAUCCCGGUGACGUACUCAAGGCAAUCAACGAAGCUCCCGAGCCCGUCGCUGGUGUGAUGCAACUGUCCCUCGUGCUCAAGGAUAAUUCUACUGCUGAGAUGACUUGGGAGGAGUGGAGUGGAGUGGUUGAUCCUAGGGUCCGUGGGACUUGGAACGUCCAUCAAGCACUUCUAGACGCGAAUGUUCCGUUGGACUUCUUCGUCAUAUUCGGCUCUGGUGGUGGGCACACAGGUUACUAUGGCCAUGUUGGUAUCCCUAUUAUAGGGUAG